UUAAACUUGCCCUUCGUGGCAUAAAAUUGUUGAGCAGGUUGCUGAAUCUGUGGAUCAGAGUGUUUGUGUGGUUGAUUGUGUGCUGAUUGGAUGCUAAUUAGAGACAAAGUGCCUCUUAAAGAAAUAGCCAUUCUUAUAUCAUUCUGCGUUAUCGUUGGCAAAUUGACUAGACACUUUAAUUUCACUUUAAUGGGCAUUCUUUGGGACAUCCAGCACAGUGUAAUUGGAACACGUGUCUCGGGGAGUUAGUGUGGCAAUUUUGAGAGCCAUCACGAAGAUACCCAACACUGAAAAUCAUUUUAGUCAUCGCCGAUCAGUUGUGUGCUUCGGAGCUAUUUCGUCUAUCUUCCAUUUAAUUUUUAGCGUUUUCUUUUUUAACCAACAUAUAUUUUUUUUUUUUUUGGAGGAAGAACAAAAUUUGACAUUGAAUUUUGUUGAAUGUCUCAUUCUUGCGGCAAAACUACAUUCUUCUCAUACGGUAGAGUGAUCUUCUGAUCAAAUAUUUAGAGGUAAUGUUUCUAGCGCGAUUGUUAGUACUGUUGUCCAUCGUGGGACUGUCGCAUCUGGCACCAUUCCAAGAGGGCAAUUAUGAGAUUAUAAUUCUUCACAAUAAUGAUAUGCACGCGCGUUUCGAUCAGACCAAUGCCCAAAGCAAUGCUUGCCGGCAGCAAGAAGAACUGGACUCCAAAUGCUACGGAGGUUUUGCCAGAGUUUCCACAUUAGUUAAAAAAUACCGAACUGAGAACAACAAUGUACUCUUCCUCAAUGCUGGUGAUACGUAUACAGGUACUCCCUGGUUCACCCUCUACAAGGAUGUUAUUUCAUCUGAGUUGAUGAACAUCCUUCACCCAGACGCCAUCUCCCUGGGCAAUCAUGAGUUCGACAAUGGAGUCGAAGGUCUUGUCCCAUUCCUCAACCAUGUAGAAUUCCCCGUUUUGGCGGCCAAUCUCGAUCUCAGUCAGGAGCCUACAAUGGCUUCUGCUAAAUCUCUCAAGCCUUCAACUGUCUUCACAGUGGCUGGUCAUAGAGUGGGAGUCAUUGGCUACCUAACUCCAGAUACAAAGUUCCUUUCAGCCGCCAACAAAGUUGAGUACAUUCCGGAGAUUAUGGCUAUCAAUCAGGAGGCUCAGAAGCUCAAGAAUGAUGGUGUUGAGGUGAUCAUUGCCCUAGGACAUUCGGGAUUAACUCAAGAUCGGGAAAUUGCCCGCAGUUGUCCAGAAGUGGACAUCGUUAUCGGCGGACACUCUCACACUUUCCUCUAUUCGGGUGAUCAGCCAGAUCGAGAUAUUCCCGAAGAUGUUUAUCCCGUGGUUGUCAUUCAACCAAGUGGAAAGCAAGUUCCCGUGGUUCAGGCCUACGCAUUUACGAAGUAUCUGGGAUACCUCAAAGUCAUGGUAAAUGCAACUGGUAGCGUAGUAGAUUGGGACGGACAACCAAUUCUGCUGAAUUCUUCAGUUCUCCAGGACUCAGAAGUCCUGACAGCACUGCAGAAGUACCGAGCCGGUGUGGACGAAUAUGGCAAUCGAGUUGUUGGCGUUUCAAGGGUCAUACUCGAUGGAGCAUCUUCCUCUUGCCGUUUCCGUGAAUGCAACAUGGGCAAUCUCAUUACAGACGCUUUUGUUUAUGCAAAUACCCUCACCUAUCCAGAUAACCCUAAUUCCUGGACAGAUGCCAGUGUGGCUCUCUAUCAGGGAGGUGGAAUCCGAGCACCUAUCGAUCCUCGAGCUGCUGAAGGGAAUAUCACACGCAUGGAACUAGACAAUGUUCUGCCCUUUGGCAAUACUCUCUAUGUUGUACCUGUUCCUGGGAAUGUCCUUCAGGAAGCUCUAGAACAUUCUGUUCAUCGAUAUUCUGAAACUGAGGGAUUUGGGGAGUUUAUGCAGAUGUCAGGUCUUCAAGUUGUCUUUGAUCUCGAGAAGGAUAGUGGCUCCAGAGUGGAAUCUGUGAAGGUUCUCUGCAGUGAUUGCAUUGUGCCUAAAUAUGAGCCACUGGUAUCAUCUCAGGUCUACAACAUCAUCAUGACAAAUUUCCUCAAAGACGGUGGCGAUGGAUACGACAUGUUCAAAGGCCUCGCCAUUCUUAAAACACUUCCGGUAGGAGACAUAAAUUCAGUGGAUCAAUUCAUUGAGAGGAUGAGUCCAAUUUUCCCAGCAGUUGAGUGGAGGAUCACAAUCAAAGGGGAAGUUGAAGAGAACUCAGCGGCUUCAGUGGGCAUUUCAGGAAUGUUACUUGUUGCAAUUCUAGUCAUUCAAAUCACCUCAAAGAUGAUCUCAAGUUGAUCACAACGAUUCCUUCCAAAUUACAUCAUGUUUCUUUUUAAGUUUUUUUCGGCCAAGCAGGUUAUUUUUUUUAAGCUCUUUCACUUCUUUUGUGAAUGUGUUGUAAAUAAUUAAUAAAAAAUCUGCCACAGAGAGGACCAAGAUCAAAAAAUAAAGGAAAAUAACCAAAAAAAA